AUGAUCCUCAUCAUCCCGAUCUUUGGCAUCACCCGCAUGCGCUUUCUGCACAGCUGCGUGCUCGGGUGGACCAUCUUCUUCACGUACCUCAUCGUCCAAGGCGUCUCGCUGCACUGGAUCACAUCGAUUCCGUACGGAAAUGGCAAGGUCUGGAAGUACGACAACAUCUCGGACAUCAUCUACCAGACGAUCAACUACGGCAUUGCGAUCAUCGGCGGUAUGGUGUCGCACUACCGACAAGAGCUCAUUCGCCGGCGCAACUAUGCGCUCAAGCUGCCGUUCACGGGCCUCGACGACGACGAACCCUUAGACCUCUUUGGCAAGAGCUACUCGGAGGAGCGGCUCUUCGAUAUGUGGAGUUUGAGCUUCCGGAGCUACGACGUCGAGGAUGCGUUCUGUCGGGUGUGGUAUGUGAUUGACCCGCACCCGUACGAGAACCCGAACCGCGGCGACAUCCACGAGAACGUCUACAUGACGAUCCGGUUCGCCGUCCUCGGCGUCUUCCUCUCGCAAGUCGUGCUCGGCAUCCAGGACAUCAAGCUCCUCUUCAUGAAGGACUUCAAGUUUGAGUACGGCAUGGCAGCUAUCAUACGCUUUGCGGUCGUCGUGCCGCUGUAUCUGGCCAGCUUUUACUUUAUGUACAUCCUCGGCCGCAAGUACUUUGAAAUGUUCCUGCGCAAAGCCAGCGGCGGCGUCGAGAGCGGCACCGAGAGCGACGUCGAUGCCAACCAAGUUACCAUCGCGAUCCUCGAGCAGAAGCGGGCGCUGCCGCCGAGCCAGUCGGUGAAGGAGCGGCUGACCAAGCAAACGGAGGCUCUCGUCGAGACCAAGGGCGGCUACGUGCGCUCAGCCCAAGUCUUUGCAACCGUCGUCCUCGUGCUGCAGAUGGGUGCCACGAUGGUGCUUCUCUUCCAGGUCGGCCGCAGCUUCAUUGUGACGCACUCGGCCAAGCCCAACGUCUACUUCAUGGGGUUCCUCAACGCGAUUCUGUUUGCGCACCGAUCGGGCUUCAAGGUGCGCUUCGUGUACGCCGCGCGCGUCUCGUGGGCGAUGGUCCUUCUCUUCAUCUUCUUCGCGUCGCACUAUCUGCACUUCGACCCGUGGCCCUUUCUCUGGGCCGAGUACUCGUGCUACCUCGUCGCGGUCCAGUUCCUCGGCAUGAUGAUCUCGCACGAGGAAGAGUCGCUGCGUCGGUCCUUCUUCGUCCUCAAGUCGAUGCGCAUACUCGAGUUUGAAAAGUGGUUUGCCGGCGUCCUCCGCAUCCAAAAGGGCGUCCGCAAGUUCCUCGCACGCCACCGGUCGUCGCAGCGCCCCCUGCCGCCGCCGGCCGUCGAGCAUGUCGCCCACGCCCAGAGCUUCCUCGCGAUGGCCUCCAAGAUGGGCGUCCAGGCCCAAGCGAUCCAGAUCGCCGUCGUCCUCUUCGACGUGCUGUAUUCGGUCGCCACCGCCUAA